UCGUUUGUGAGCUCACCUGACUUGGACGCAGUGCCCAAAACUUUGUGCUCAUUAUGCUGUCUGUGUAGGCGGCUCACUCGGUUUUAAAUCGCGUCCCAUAUCUCAGUUCCGCAAAAGUGAAGCGUUAUGUGUGUCCGAAUGUGCGCUGUGUGCGUGUCGUUAUUAGCGUUAUGGAUCUAAAAAGCGAGCUGCUCAAGUCCAUCUGGUACGCGUUUACGUCUUUGGAUGUGGAGCAGUGCGGAAAAGUCUCCAAAUCGCAACUUAAGGUUCUCUCACACAAUCUCUACACAGCUCUGAAUAUUCCUCAUGAUCCCGUUGCAUUGGAGGAGCACUUUAAAGACAAUAACAAUGGGCCGGUGUCCAGCCAGGGGUACAUGCCCUACAUCAACCAAUAUAUCCUGGCAAAGGCCACCGAGGGGACGUUCAACAAGGAAAUCUUUGAUGAGCUGUGCUGGAUGAUGAGUUCGAAGAAAAAUUGCAAAGCCAGCGUUUAUCAGGGCCUGUGUUCACAGAGAGACUGCUUCAAACUCUUCUGCCUGUUCAACCUGCUUUCUGAAGACCGAUACCCAUUAGUCAUCAUUCAACCGGAGUUGGAGUACCUAUUGAAGAAAAUCUCCUGUGCAAUGAGCCCGGAGUGGGACGGGUCAUUACUGGACGACCUUCUGUCCCAGAAUGCUGCUCUUCAGGAUGGCAUGUCCGUGUGGGAGUUCCUGGAACAUCUGAGCGCAGGCCGGCUUUUGCAUGUUGAGAGUAAAGAGUCUUUCAGUCUGGCCUUGGAUGAUGUUUUUACGGAGAUGUAUCAUAACAUCAUCAAGAAGGGUUACCUAUUAAAGAAGGGCCAUGUUCGCAGGAACUGGCAGGAGCGCUGGUUUGUUUUGAAACCCAGUAGCCUGACGUACUUUGUCAGUGAGGAGCUGAAGGAAAAGAAAGGAGAGAUCGCACUGGAUGAAAACAGUGUGGUGGAGAAUCUUCCUGAUAAGGAAGGCAGACGCUGUCUAUUCUGUGUGAAAACUCCAAUGAGAACGUAUGAGAUGAGCGCUUCAAACAUGAAGCAUAGAGUAGACUGGAUACAGGCUAUACAGAUGGCUUUCAAACUGAGGGCUGAGGGCAAGAGCUCACUGCAUCAGGACCUGAAAUUGAGCAGACGCAAGCAGAGAGAAGCGCUUCAAAGAAGCCAUAGCAACCAGAGCAGCCACAAUGAACCCAUAGCAGACGAGAAUCAACACCCUUCUCCCGAACAGCAGAACUUGGAACAACACAUUGAGAGCAUCAUUCAAACACAGAGAGAGGUGGAAGCAAAACGUAAAGAGGAAGAAAGACAAGAGAGAGAGCAACAGCAGGAAGUUCAGAAAGAUCUGAAAAGACAACUUGUAGAAGCCAAUGAGGACAGGGAGAGAAUGGCAACUGCGUUGACAGACAUGGAGAAGGAAGUCCAGCAGCAGAAGAAGAGGAUCCAGGAGCUGGAGCUCACGCAACAAAAACUAGAGGAAGCCCUCAACACUCAGAUUCACGCCCGGUUAGAGGAAGACAGAAUCCGUCAGGAACUGGAGAGGCAACUCGCAGAAGAACAGAUGAAACUCGCUGAGCUUUUGCUCCUUCAAAGCCAGAGGGAAACUCUAGCUGUGAGGAGUCAGGAGGAGGUGCUACACGACGAUUCUGCUUCAGUUUCAACAUCAACAUCACCUAGCAUUCAGCAACCAGAGGAGAGCAGCCGGGAGGAUGCAGAGGAGGCCCACGACCCACCCAUAGCUUCUACCCCAUCGCCACCCGACAACCAGUCAGCAGAAGAGAAUAGUCAACACCAAAUGGUGAAGGAACUUGGGACUCAAUCUACUACCAAUCUGAUGCUGAAGCAAUGGAAGAUACAACUUAACCGUCUCAUGAAGCCUAUCACACCAGGAGACAAAGUUGAGCAUCUGCCAUUGAAGCCCAGCUGUCCCAGGCAGGGUCAGGCGCUUACCAGCACAGAGUUCAUUUCUAAGGUUCAAACAGGAAUUCCUCAUGAAAAGGGAAAUGAUUAUAACCCAUCACCGCUCCAAGAAGAGGAAGAAUAGGGUUUCAAUAUCUGUCCAUAUAUACUGUAUAAAGCCAAUAGAAAGUGCCUUUUACUGUAUGUACGGCAGGCUUUCCCUGUCAUCCCUGUUAUGUUAGCUAUUACUCAAAGGACAAAGCCUUUUAUUAUAUAUGUACAUAGUCGUCUUGCCAGAUAUUUUUUUUAUUAUGUAAUAUGUAUCAUGCAUAAUGUGAAUAUUAAGAAUUGUUUUUGGAGGCAUUGUACUGUUGACGCCAACAGACAGAAAUCAUCCCUAAUAAUGUCAUUUUUAAAGUAAUUUUUUACGCGAACUGAAUAUAUUCUUUUGUAGUUUGGAUUUAUAUGCGUAAUAUAAUGUGUGGUCAAUAGAGGGGGCACUUGAUCUGGCUGAAGUUUCACAUUUCUCAGUGAAACUAACCACUCGUAUAUCAAUAACUUUUCUGGCCCCCAACUCUAUAGAUCACAGGUACCCGGGGAAGUUAUAAACACUGGAUGGUUUUAAAAGACACCUUAUUUAAUCCAAUCAACAUAUUGUUUUGUUAUACUAAUAAUUUUUUCAUUUCCAUUGACUAAUUCGAGAAACAGAAGCAGGGAUGACCCCUUUCUAGUGCUAAUAGGUGGAAAUAAUCAUAGUCUAUCUUUAGAUCCGUGGAGUCCGGCUAAAAAGCACAGUUCAGUUUGUGGUUUUGGGGCUUUUAUUCAGAAUGAAUAAUGCUUCGCACUGUUAGUUUUGGGUGGUUAUCAACAGACUGACUGUAAAUGAUAUUUUUUGAAGAAAAGUUGCGGCAGUGAUUUUUCCAGAUACAAAUCUCUUCCCCUUAUGGUUUGGAGUGUUUCUACCUGUGUGUCUAGAGAUUUAAGUCUGUGGCGAGAGGAAUUGCAUUGUCAGGUCCAGAGAUCAGGAAUGAUAAAAUGCGAUACUUAAUCCAUCACGUUACUGCUACUGUAAUAGCGUAUAUGGGUAUAUUAUAUUAACGUCUGGCAUGUUACAAUCUAAUUGGCAUAUUAUGUGUAAUUUGCACCAUUUUAAAGAAUAUUUAAGUACAGCACUGACAGCUAGACAUACUGUAUUUAGACAAGCAUCACCAUUAUGCAGUAGCCGAAUACCGAAAACCUGAAUACACUCUCCAUGUUCUAGAAACAAACACAUUUAGGGACUUCUUUAAGAAGACUCGCUUGGUUAUGAAAUAUGUUAUUUUGUUGACUCUUUAGGUAAAAGUAAGUUAUAAAUAUAAAUGCACAAGUGUGCAGUGUUUUAGUCAUUUGUAAUGUUUCUAUAAUGAGCCAUGUUUGAAUAAAGGCUUUUUAACAUUUUGGAACUGGAAGAAGUGCCUUGGAUUUGCAUUUUUUAUAUAAAAGUAAGUUAUAAUUGGAAUAUUAGAAUGUGUAUUAACACUGCUUGUUGGUUUUUGGGACUGGAGAGAUAACAGGCUGUAUUUAGAAUAAAAGUGUGAAGAUUUAGAAGCUAUAUCAAAUUGUCCUUUGUAUAUUUAAAGUGCCUGUUGUUGAGACACAUUUACUAGCUGUUCUGAUCAUAAUAUUAGUUAUAAGAUUAUUAUUAUUAAUUAGGACGUCUAACUGUUGCAUUUACAUUGAACGCAACAAAACAUUUUUGUUUCGUGUUGAUGUGCUGUGGACCGUCUUAUAAUGUUUUCAUGUGAUGACAAAUACGGUUUCUUUCCUGUUUCGUGCAAUUAU